AGAACACCUGGAGCCUUCCAGCAAAAGUGUUUCUCCCCCCUCUCCCCCAGGACAGAUGGGAGGGGGGAAUCUGACGAGUGGCGUUCUCCCCAAGGAUGGUGUGGUCAGCUCGGGGGGCACAAGAGCUCCUUCGCUUCUCGGGGCGCGCAGGGAAGAGGAAGGGGGAGCCGCGGCACCGUCUUUUGCGGUGGGGAGGGGUAGUUUCUCUUGCGUUCUGCGGUUGGGCUUCCCCUGCGCGGAGCCGGAGAAGCUCCACUCGCGGGGGACCUGAAGCCGGAGCAGCCCGUGCGGCGCCGGGGGAUUUUCGGCGGGUGAGACUGGAGACCCGGCGCUAAGCUCUCCGGGACUCGAGCGCCCAUAAUCCCCAGCCAGGACAGCGAGCCCUAGGCGGUUCCUCUCCAGAGCCCGACUGGGGAAGGCGCUUGAGCUGAGUUGGGCUCCCCGGUGCCUCUAGAAGCCCUUCAGGGUCGGAAGAAGAGAGAUUAAACGGGGGCGUUCACCAAGGAGCAGCUUUGGGUACUUGUGAGGCCAUCUAUCCGGGCCAGCCUCGGACUUUGGGGAGGUGGGAUUUGCCUCCUUGCGGUGUCUUUCCCGGCGAGAACUGAUCGUUGCAGUCCGGGGCAGAGACUGAAGAGCUGCCGCCGCCACUCAAACGGGCAACGUGGAUUAAGAGACCCUCCCCCGUGCGCCCCCCACCUCAGAAUCGGAGCUGAAGGGCCCCCCCCUUUGGACUCUGGUCCUGCCGGCUUGGAAAUGUGCUUUCUUCCUGGCUAGCGGCCGUCGGCACUUAAGAGCACCACCCUGCCGUGCACGAUGGCUGACCCAGAGGACACCCCCCAGGCUGGCCCCGGCGAGGCCACUGAGGCCCCGGCCGAAGAGUCCUCACCGCAGGGCGAAGCCUUCCCGCUCUCCUCCCUGGCCAACCUGUUUGAGGGCGAGGAGGGCUCUGGGCCUGGCGAAGCCCCCCGCAGCCCCCCCAGCUCAGGGGACGGCAAGCAGAACCUGCGGAUGAAGUUCCAUGGUGCCUUCCGGAAGGGGGUGCCCAACCCCAUGGAGCUGCUGGAAUCCACCAUCUACGAGUCCUCGGUGGUGCCGGGACCCAAGAAAGCCCCCAUGGACUCUCUCUUCGACUACGGCACCUACCGCCACCUCCCCAGCGACAACAAGCGCAGGCGGAAGAGGGUCCUGGAGAAGAAGCGCCCCAGUACCAAGGGGCCUGCCCCCAACCCUCCACCCAUUCUCAAGAUCUUCAACCGGCCCAUCCUCUUCGACAUCGUCUCCCGGGGCUCCCUGGACGGGCUGGAUGGCCUCCUGCCUUUCCUGCUCAGCCACAAGAAGCGACUGACCGAUGAGGAGUUCCGAGAGCUCUCCACUGGCAAGACGUGUCUCCCCAAGGCCCUGUUGAACCUCAACGGUGGCCGGAAUGACACCAUCCCUCUCCUGCUGGACAUUGCCGAGAAAACAGGCAAUAUGCGGGAAUUCAUCAACGCACCUUUCCGAGACGUCUACUACCGAGGCCAGACUGCUCUGCACAUUGCGAUUGAGCGACGGUGCAAGCACUACGUGGAGCUGCUGGUGGAGAAGGGGGCCGAUGUGCAUGCCCAGGCCCGGGGCCGUUUCUUCCAGCCCAAAGACGAGGGUGGCUACUUCUACUUCGGGGAACUGCCUCUCUCUCUGGCCGCCUGCACCAACCAGCCCCACAUCGUCCAGUACCUGACGGAGAACGCCCACAAGCAGGCUGACCUCCGGCGGCAGGACUCGCGGGGCAACACGGUGCUCCACGCCUUGGUGGCCAUUGCAGACAAUACUCGCGAGAACACCAAGUUUGUCACCAAGAUGUAUGACCUGCUGCUCAUCAAAUGCGCCAAGUUGUUCCCAGACACCAACCUGGAAGCCCUGCUAAACAACGACGGCCUCUCGCCCCUCAUGAUGGCGGCUAAGACUGGAAAGAUAGGGAUGUUCCAGCACAUCAUCCGCCGGGAGGUGAAGGAUGAGGAGGCGCGGCACCUCUCCCGCAAGUUCAGAGACUGGGCCUACGGGCCCGUCUACUCCUCCCUCUACGAUCUGUCCUCCUUGGAUACCUGUGGAGAGGAGGUGUCUGUGUUGGAGAUCUUGGUCUACAAUAGCAAGAUUGAGAACCGCCAUGAGAUGCUGGCCGUGGAGCCCAUCAAUGAGCUGCUGCGAGACAAGUGGCGCAAAUUUGGGGCUGUCUCCUUCUACAUCAGUGUGGUCUCCUACCUCUGUGCCAUGGUUAUCUUCACCUUGGUGGCCUACUACCGCCCCCUGGAGGGCACACCCCCGUACCCGUACACGACCACCCCGGACUACCUUCGCCUGGCUGGAGAAAUCGUCACCCUCUUCACAGGAGUCCUCUUUUUCUUCACCAAUAUCAAGGAUCUAUUCAUGAAGAAAUGUCCAGGGGUCAAUUCCUUCUUCAUCGAUGGCUCCUUUCAGUUACUCUACUUCAUCUAUUCCAUCCUGGUCCUGGUUGCAGCUGCUCUCUACCUGGCUGGCAUCGAGGCCUACCUGGCGGUCAUGGUCUUCGCGCUGGUGCUGGGCUGGAUGAAUGCCCUCUACUUCACCCGUGGCCUCAAGCUGACGGGCACUUACAGCAUCAUGAUCCAGAAGAUCCUGUUCAAGGACCUUUUCCGCUUCCUCCUGGUUUACGUCCUCUUCAUGAUUGGCUACGCAUCCGCGCUGGUCUCCCUGCUGAACCCCUGCCCUAGUGCCGAGUCCUGCCGCGGGGACCGCUCCAACUGCACAGCACCCGCCUACCCCUCCUGCCGGGACAGCAAGACCUUCAGCACCUUCCUGCUGGACCUCUUCAAGCUGACCAUCGGCAUGGGGGACCUGGAGAUGAUCGAGAAUGCCAAGUACCCGGGGGUCUUCGUCAUCCUCCUGGUCACCUACAUCAUCCUCACUUUCGUCCUCCUGCUCAACAUGUUGAUUGCCCUCAUGGGGGAGACGGUGGGGCAGGUCUCCAAGGAAAGCAAGAAGAUCUGGAAGCUGCAGUGGGCCACCACCAUCCUGGACAUCGAGCGCUCCUUCCCUGUGUUUGUCCGGAGGGCCUUCCGCUCGGGAGAGAUGGUCACCGUGGGGAAGUCUCUGGAUGGGACCCCUGACCGGAGGUGGUGCUUCAGAGUGGACGAGGUGAACUGGUCUCACUGGAAUCAGAACCUGGGUAUCAUCAGUGAGGACCCCGGCAAGAACGACACCUACCAGUAUUACGGCUUCUCCCACACUGUGGGGCGUCUGCGCAGAGAUCGCUGGUCAACAGUGGUGCCUCGUGUAGUGGAGCUGAACAAGAAUUCUCAGCCGGAAGAGGUGCUGGUGCCCCUGGACAGCAUGCGCUCAGUGGGAGCAAACGCGCACAAGCCCAGCUACCCUCACAGCUGGAGGAAGGAAGACGCUCAGAUCUAAGGGCCAAGCAACCUCCACACUCCGGGACAGCCGUUGUGGCCUCACAGGACCCCCUCAAAGGGGGAUCUUGAUGGAGCCGCCUACUGUCCCCCACAGCCGGGAAGCUCAUGCCAGCCUUCCAUGAACCUGACUUUGAACGGGACAAGAGAGGCCCUGCCUCUCGCAUUUUAAACAAAACGUUGCUUUUAAAAACACUUCUAUAAAAAGAAACCGGAAACCUGGUUUUAGGUUGCCACGCUGCAUCCGAAGGGCAACAUGGCCCAGAAGUUGAGAUGGCUCAGGAUCUGAGAAUUCUGUCCUUACCGGAGGCUCCAAAUGCUGAGCCUGAAUGCCGGGGGAUUCCACAAAAAGCCACGAUCCAAAAGGCAUCAUGCCACCUUUGAAGGUGCCACGUACCCAGUUUUGUGUGACUUUCCUACAGGCCAAAAACAUGCAAGGCAGGCUCGGGUGUCCACGCUACCUGGAGAUUGCAAGUCUCCGCUGAUAGUAUUAUUUUGCACAAGGUUUUAUUGAAUUAUUUAUUUAGUAAUAAAAUCCAAAGCAUCUCUA